UGUGCUGUCUGGACUGCGACCAACAAUUUACUAUUAAGAAUAAUAGUCAAGUUUAUAAUUGUUAAUAUUCUUAAGCAGUCUUUAAGACGUAUGCAGCAUACCAAAGGUACUAUCCGGAGGAUGCCGUUUUCUGAUUGAGAACGAUCCUUUUAAUACAGUAACGCUAUAUGUCGUGUGUCGGAUGAGAGCUCUGUCUUCACUUUCAUUUUCUCACAGAGAUUUGAAUGAAUUUUACAGCAUCAUGAAGAAUCUGUUGCUGUUUUUCAUUUUCUCGUUUAGUUUAAAUGCUGUGUUUGGUGAAGAAGUUUCAGUUCUGGAGGGAAAUGUAGUCUCAUUUAACACUGGAGUAACUGACAUACGUAAAGUUUAUCUGAUCUGGUUGUAUAGAGGUGCUAUUAUAGCUAAAAUGAAUGAAGGAAAUAUUAAUUUGUAUGAUACUGAUGAUGGGAUAUUUGAAGACAGACUUCAGUUGAACAAUCAGACUGGAUCUCUCACUAUCAACGAUAUCAGAACCAAACACGCUGGACUUUAUCAACAAAAAAUCAUCAGCAAUGAAACCUUCAUCAAAACAUUCAGUCUUACUGUACAGGAUGUGUUUUUUGCUGGAGUAGAAAACAAAAGAGAAGGAGAUUCGGUCACAUUAAACACCGGGGUGACUGAAAUAAAGAAACAUAAUUUAAUGACGUGGAUGUUUGGACCUUCAAAUCCAGACGUCCGUCUUGCUGAAAUCAUCAUAAAUGAUAGCAUCUCAUAUGAUUUUGAUGAGAGAUACAGAGACAGACUUCAUGUGGAUCAUCAGACCGGAUCUCUCACCAUCAGAGAUCUCAAAACUACAGACACAGGAGUUUAUCAACUACAGAUCUCCAACAUCAAAGAGACCAUAUACAAGAGAUACAAUGUGUUUGUGGCCGCUGCAGAACCAGCACUGUCUGCAUUAUAUAUAGGACUGAUAUGUGCUGCUGUCCUGUUGCCUAUACUGGGAGCUAUAAUACUGGCUGUGGCUAUUGGAUAUAGGAGGAAAUACUCUCAACUCAAAGAUGAAAUGAAGACUGUGUCAGUGAUUGAGGGAAAUUCUGCCACAUUGAAAUCUGGGAUCACUGGAAUACAAGAAGAUUAUGAAAUAAUCUGGAGGUUUGGAGCCAAAGGCCCCAUGAUUGCUCGGAUCAACAUAAAGACCAAUGAUGUCCUAUAUAGUAAAGAUGAGAGAUUUAGAAACAAACUUCAUCUGGAUAAUAAGACCGGAGAUCUCAUUGUCAGUGAUAUUAAAAUCAAGAUAUCUGGAGAUUAUCACAUGGAGAUCACCAGAAGAAACAAAAUAACUCAAUCAAAGAGAUUCAGAGUUAUUCUCCGAGAUGACAAAUUAAAGGUCACAAAAGGAGAGUCUGUUGAACUACAGACGGGCAUUUCUGAACUACAGGAUGAUGAUCAGAUACAGUGGAGAUCUGAAGCUAAAGAUGCCAUCAUAGCUGUAAGAAAUGGAAAGAGCAAUGAGAUCUCAAUAAACUGUGAGAUAUUUGGAAACAUGAGAAUGGAUCCUCAGACUGGAUCUCUCACCAUCACAAACAUUAAACACUCAGACUCUGGAGUUUAUGAACUACAGAUUAAGACCAAAACUACAACUUUAUAUAAGAAAUUCAAUGUUGUCGUCUGGUUUGAAACAUUAAAUCAUAAAGUAGGAGAUUCUGUCCUUCUAGAAACCAAACUCCAUGAGCUGAUGAAAGACCAUAGGAUACUGUGGACGUUUGGAAAUAUAAAUACCCGUAUAGCUGAAAUCGACAGAGUCAGUGGUCAGAUGUCUGUAUAUAAGGGGAAUGAUGAGAGAUUCAUAGACAGGCUGAUACUAAAUAAACAGAAUGGAGAUCUGACCAUCAGAAACAUCAGGAGAGGACAUUCAGAUGUUUAUAAACUGCAGAUCAACAACAGCUCAGAGAGUAAAUGCAAGAGUUUCAUGCUGUUCGUAAAUGAGAAUCUGAUAUCAGUAAUGGAGGGAGAAUCUGUCACAUUGAGAUGUCCCACUGACAUAAAGAGUGAUGAAGUGAUAAUAUUGUGGAUGUUUGGAACUGAAGAAAGCCUCAUAGCUAAAGCUGAUAUGAACAACAAGAUGCUUUAUGAUGGUGCUGAUGAAAGAUUCAAAGAAAAACUACAGCUGGAUCGGACUGGAUCUCUCACCAUCACAGACAUCAACAGUAAACACACAGGAAUUUAUAAACUACAGAUCAUCAGCAACAGAGAGACCACAUACAAGAGAUACAGAGUUUCUCUCCAUGUUUGCGCAGAUUAUAUUGAGAUGGUGUCAGAGGAGAUUCCUUUACUUCCCAUACGAACCUCACAACAGCAGCAGUAGUAGUAUGUUGUCUGUUUAUUCAACACUAUUUAAAAUACACACUUGUCAUACAACAACUGAGAACAUCUUUCAGUGCAGAGAGAUGAAAAGCUUAAUGUAAUGCUGAACUCACCAGAGAAAAAGAAACAGAAGCAUUUAACCCUUUCAUUCAUUUGCCAGCAUAAUCAAAUCAUUCAAUUCAUGUGUUGUAUGAUGUGUAUUCAUGUAUGCAUGCGAAAUGUUAGUGAGUCUGACAGAGGAAAAUUGUAAAUCCUGGAGCUUAGUGAACUGGUGUGAGUUUUUUUUUUUUUUUUUGUAAAUUCUCAUCAUUUGAACAAAAAAUGUUUUUAAAAGAUUGAAUAGGAAUGAAUGUGGCUAGGCUAAAUGCUAACACAUUCAUGAGGCGCUGCACAAAAGAUAGUUAUGUAUUAAUUAGUCUAAGUUGGGGUAAGAACAUAGUAAAAUAUUGAAAAACGGUGGUGUUUGCCUUUAAAUAAAUGGGAAGCACUGGAGUUUCAUAUGCGAGGAAAAUUGGAAUUUGGCAAAUGUUUUGCACAACUUUUCACACUGCAUGCUUUUAAUAUGCAAAUCAUGAGAAUGGGCUGUUAUAAAACUUUAAAGGUCAUUAGUAGAUGGCAGCAUUUAAUCUGUAAAAGUUUUAAAUGAUAAUCAUUUUAGGAACACUGUGUGAAAAAAUAAAUUGUAACUUGUUCAGAUAGCAUUUAUUCAGAUAUAUAACUUUUAGGAAUUUUUAUUGUGAAAUGAUGGUGUUUCAUUAUUCUUAAAACCUUAUGUUUUGGUCAUCGGAACCUUAUUUUAUUUAUUUAACAAGUAGAUUACACAUUUAAUUUGUCAACUUUUGUUUAAUCUGUUUUUUGUAGCAAGUAAAUAAUAAUGCAGUACAAUCGUUGACUUUAUAUGAACACAUAACACACUCUUUUUUGCCCCCCUGCAGGCUAAUAUAUGUAGUAUACAUAUACUUCAUUUUGAUGAAUGAACUGGAAACAAACAAAUCUCUUGAAAGAAUCAAUUUCCAUCACUAGAGCUUUGACCGAAACUGCUCCCUUGUUCACUCAUUCACUAUUCCCUAUAUAGCAAAUGACAAUUGAGUCCACUAUUUGGUGAAAAAGCAAAUGCGACAUCUCUGCGACAGCUAUCUGAUGCGUAUUUACGUCAGUGACCGAAAUCACUCACUCAUUUUCAUUUGCCUUU